AUGGCGACGUCCAUCGCCGUGCGGCACGCCCCACACGCGUCGACGUCGUUCGCUCACCGGCGUGCCGCAUCCCGCCCGUCGCGUGUCGUCUCUUUCUCAUCCGGGCGAUCACUAACCGUCCGAUGCCGCCGCCAAUCGCAGCAAGCUGUUUCCUUGCGACAACCAGGUCCCGGGUCUAGGCGGUCCGUGCGGGCAGCGGCGGCGGCGGCGGCGGAGGGGAAGGAUGGGGAGGCGCAGCUGUCGGCGGAGGAGGCGCAGGACCUGAGCGACAUUCAGGACAUCCUCGAGACCAUCGAGUUGCUCAAAGAGCGUCGCGACAUGACGGUGCAGGAGAUCCGGCUGGUGCUGAUGAUCGAGGACCCGCGCGAGGCGGAGCGGCGGCGGCAGAUGGGCAUCGAGAACGAGAGCGGGUGCUCGCGCGACGAGAUUGCCGAUGCCUUCCUUGAGGUGUGUGAGGACCGGGUACCAGCAGACCGCAUGGUGCUGCGCAAGCUGGCGCAGGACAUGCGCGACUGGCCGCGCCUGCGGGAGGAGGCAACCCCCGAGGAGGCAGUGGGGCCCGGUGGCCAGCGCACAUCCCCCUAUGCACAGAUCACCGACGUGGGGCUGCAGGGCGGCGCUCAGGCCAACCGCACUCCCACCGCCUACUCAGCGUCCGCCACGUCAGCAGGCGGUGGCGGGUCGUCUGCGAGCCAAUGGGACGCGGUGGUGGAGCGAGUGGAGAAGGCGGCGGAGAAGCAGGCGGAGGAGGAGAAGGACCUCAGCAGCAAAGUGCCUUCCUGGGUGCCUGCUCUGCGACUCUCCGACAACAGUGUCAUUGUCGUCGUCAUCCUCUUCCUCAACUCGCUGCAAUAG